UAAACAGAAUAUAAACCGAGAAACUUGCGGAGCUUUUCGGAUCUUAUCGUAGUGGAAACAACAACAACUAAACAAUCGAAUUGCGUUAAAUGGAAGCAUCAUAACAGACAUGUGGAUUACAACUCCAAGUCAUGUUGGACGAGCAGCGCUAUUUUAUGUAUUAACAAUAGGGCUGAUAACAGGCUGCUUGUCUGCUCAAAGACCCAAUAUUGUUGUUAUAGUUGCUGAUGAUCUGGGCUGGAAUGAUGUAAGUUUCCAUGGAUCAGAUCAGAUUCCUACACCAAACAUUGACGCCCUUGCAUACGGGGGAAUUAUUCUAAACAAUUAUUAUGUUUCUCCAAUCUGCACCCCAACACGAGGAGCACUUAUGUCUGGAAGGCACCCUAUUCACACUGGACUGCAGCACAGUGUAAUAUAUGCAUCAGAGAAGUAUGGUUUACCCUUGGAAGAAAAGAUAAUGCCACAGUGGUUUAAGGACUUAGGCUAUCGUACUCACAUGGUUGGAAAGUGGCACCUUGGGAUGUUUGCAGAGGAGUAUUUGCCAACAUUACGAGGGUUUGAAUCUCAUUACGGGUAUUAUCAGGGUUGUGAGGACUACUAUGAUCACACCUAUGAGGCCAACCCAGAAUAUUGGGGCCUGGAUUGGAGAAGGAAUUUAGACCUGAUACGGAACGAGACAGAAAUGUAUUCCACUGAUCUGUUUACAGCAGAGGCUGUGAAUAUUAUAAAGAAGCAUGAUACCAAAGAGCCACUGUUUUUAUAUCUACCACAUCAAGCUGUACAUAGUGGGAAUACAGGAGGCGAUCCAUUACAGGCACCCCAACAUUAUGUAGACAGAUUUCUCCAUAUCAAAAACUAUCACAGAAGAUUAUUCGCAGGAAUGGUUGCAGCAUUAGACGACUCUGUAGGGGCCGUAGUGAAGACAUUAGAGUCCCGAGGUAUGAUGAACAACACCAUUAUAAUGUUUACAACGGACAAUGGCGGUCCAGCCAACGGUUUUGAUGCCAAUGCUGCAAACAAUUUUCCUUUAAGAGGAGUAAAAGCAACACUAUGGGAAGGUGGUGUUAGGGGUGUUGGCUUCAUUCACAGCCCGUUACUCCAGAAACAGGGUUAUGUCUAUAACAACAUGCUCCAUGUGUGUGACUGGCUCCCUACUUUAUACUCUGCUGCGGGAGGCAGCCCCAGGGUGAUGAAAAAUCUUGAUGGUUACGAUCACUGGGAGGCUUUAUCUCGUAACAGGAAAGGAAAACGUAAAGAAAUUCUUCACAAUAUCGAUCCAAAAGGUCAAGGUCAUUCAGGACUUCGAGUAGGAGAUUAUAAAAUUCUGGUCGGCGAUGUUGGGAUGGCUUGGGAUGACUGGUACCCACCAUGGCAGAACCCGGCUGAUACUGAAUCGCUUCAUGUGAACAAUACUGAGAAAUACGGUCAUAUCCGUAACAACGAUGAUACAAAAUCUGUUAACACAAACUUAUAUUAUUUGGAAAAGAGUUCUGAAAUUGAAAGUAAAGGUGAAAUUUUGAAUUCCAUGACAGAGUCAUACUAUCAUAAAGGUGCACCUGUCAGGGUAAACUGUGGUCCAAAACCAUUUAAUGCAUCUACAAGCUGUGAUCCAAGGAAGUCGCCAUGUUUGUUUCACAUCCCCUCUGAUCCAUGUGAAUAUAACAACAUAGCUUAUCAAAAUAAGGAUCUAGUCAUUCAAAUGCUGGCCAGGUUGAUGCAAUACCAAAAUACCAUGGUCCCGCCCCUUAAUGGCCCUGUAGAUCCAGCUGGGAACCCCAAAUAUCAUGAUGGUGCAUGGGUUCCAUGGGUAAAACUGUGAUAUUAUGUGAUGCAUAAUUGUAUUAUUGUCUUGUACAUUCCAAAUACCUAUGAAACAACUGAUCAUAAAUAGUUUACCCCUGUAUAGUUUUAUUCUUUUGUAAAUCAUAUUUUUAAAGAGGCUAAAAAUAUAACAUGAAUUUUUUUUGUUUUGAUAAAAAAAUGGCAUUUUUUUUUUCAAACAAUUUAAAUUCUAUAUAUGGUUAUGGAACAUUGUUAAUUCACAAAAUAGUUUAAAUGCAGAUUUUUUCACACACCUAUUGUUUUUAAUUGAGGUUAAAUCCAAUUUUUGAUUUCUUUAUGCCCAAUUUUUUUUUUAAAUAUAUAACUACAUGUAUAUCUAAUGCAUAAUAUUUGUGGUGCAGGUGUAAAUAUUAUUUUGUUGGAAAUUUUUUGAUGUAUUUAGUUUGAUCUGGGAAUAUUUCAGCUCAGUCCUGAAACAUUUUGAGUUUGAUAUUAAAUUACAGAUUUUUUUUUUAUUAUAAUUAAGGUUUUACUUUAAAUUAUUGGUUCUGUUCUAAUGCGAACACAUUUUUAGCUCCAUUUCACAAUAACUUUGCUAUAUUGUCUCUCUUUAAAAUUUGAACCGUCAGAAGUUGUAUUUAGUUCUUAACCUUCUGACUUUGAAUAAUGAAUUUAUUUAUAAUUUGUCCUUCUUUGAAUAUAGAACAGUCCAUUCAAAAUUUAAUGGAUUUCAGUAUAAAAAUGCAAAAUUUAUGUCUCAGAAUAUGUAUACAGUUUCAGUUUACAAUAUGCUCAAAGCAUUUCAUAUAUUCUUAAAAAGAGAAACAGGAUUAGAAUGAAAGACAAGUGUAUUAUGGAAUUCUUCUACUUGACUCUUUAUUGGCUAAUCACUGUCUGUUCAAGUAGCUUAAGGAAGUACGUUCAAAUAUCAAAUUAGCUAAUAGAUAAUGCUUUACUGAAGUUCAGUCAAGCUUGGCCAAUUGUAAUUAAAAGGCCUGAAAUUACUGCAUCUAGUUCUCAGUCAAUUGUCAAGGGAUGUAACUUUCAUCAUACUGUUGUUAUUAACGUAUUGUGCAAUAUUUUGUACAUGUAUUUUACAAGACGUAAAUGCUUCUCUUCACAGAUUUUUAGAUUCAUGCUUUAAAAAUAGAAUCUCAUGCAUUUGUUAUAUAGAUCUAGAGGUAAAUUUGAUACUUGAUGUACUUUAUUUUGUAUAUUUAUUAUGAUAUAUAUCAUCUAUUUUUAUGAAUAAAUGGUGAAUCAGAAAAUAUU